CUGAGGAGUCUCUUGAUUCUAUUCGGGAACGGUUUCACUGGACAACUCGUAAUCUUGACAUCGUAGUUCCCGAAGAGUAUAUGUCUGCAACUACUCAUCAUCCCGGAUAUUCUACAGUGUAUAUCUUCCCUUUCACUAUCGGCUUUACUUUACCUCUUUCGCCGUUGAUAGAUGAAUUUUUUCGCCGUUUUAAUAUUUGUGAGGCACAAAUUACCCCCGGGGUUUGGCGAUUUGUUUCAAUUACUUGAACACGUUGCUCAUCUUGCCGGGGUAGAUAUUACUCUCGAUCAUGUUUUAUAUCUGAAUUCGAUCUGUUUUAUCCGAGGCUCUAUGAUUAUGUUUAGAGCUCGGGGAUCUAGUAAAUUGUUUGAAGAUCCCGAGGAUGGUCAUGAUCAGCGUUGGUUUGACGAGUUCGUAUUUAUCUCUACCGCACAACUGGUGAGCGGGGAUGCUAGCACCUUCCCAGAGAUAUGGAAUGCGAGAGCUUUUAACCCUAUAUUGGUUAAACCUUCGAACAUAACGGAGUUUACCGAAACCGUGAUUCAAGCUUCAGCGAGUGUUCGUACUCUCAAAGACAUGAAGCCGGAUGGAGCCUCUACGAAAGGUAGAGGUAAAGAUAUUGAAGAAAUAUCUUACUAUGUAAUGGCGAAAGAGUUUAUUUUAUAUUCAUUUUUUUCCCAGGUCCUUCAAAAAAGGUGAAACACGUAGCAAAGAAACGACUGACUCUUCCGAGUGACGAGGAGUCGGCAUUAGAAAAGAUAAGAUCUCUUACUGGUAAGAGGUCUAAUGCCAAAAUUAAGGAUUCCAAGGCUGUUGACGAGCCUGCCUUGAAGAAGAAAAGAUCGAGAAAACAAUCUCUUUCGGAAUCAACAGAUGUUGUU